UUGAAAUCUUUAGGAGGUAUAGCUACUUAGCAUCCCUGGAUCAAUGAACUUCUAAUACGCAAAUGGAAAUCUUGAAGUGCUUUACAGUUGGCUGCCGGGGUAACUGAAAUAAGAUAAACAAGCUUGAUAUGUAAUAGUUUCUUUAUUUGGGCUCAAAAACUUGUUGGUUAACCUUAGUAUAGCGUUUAUUGUGCGGCGCCUUUAGCUAACGCAACGACAAUAUUUGGCUAACUCGGGAUAUUACUGACAUUCAUAUUUUGGCGCGGUAACACAAUGUUCGUGAAUUAGCAGGGCAUUCAAAUCCAGUUUUCACCACUGAGAACCAAAGCUGUCAUUAUUCUGAAACCCAGUCGCAGUGGAAGGCAUGUUAGCCAGCUAAUGCGGGCGGAGUUAGCGUUAGCAAAAAAAGAGCAUUGCUUUGGGAAAGUCAGCUGACAGGGCGCUGUAGGCAGCCAGCACACCAGUGAUGGAUCAACUCAAAGUGAAGGAUCGGAUAUUGGAAAACAUCUCCCUGUCCGUCAAGAAGUUACAGAGCUACUUCGCAGCCUGUGAGGAUGAAACCCCAGCUAUCCGAAAUCAUGACCGGGUGCUUCAGCGUCUCUGUGAGCAUCUGGACCACGCUCUGCUGUACGGGAGAGAAGCUGUUCGACAGAUAGAUGAACUGCAGCACAUAGCAACAAACCUCGGUCGAAGCCGUGCCUGGCUUUACCUGGCAUUAAGUGAGAGCUCUUUGGAGAGCUAUCUGCGCCUCUUUCAGGAGAACCAAGGACUGCUGCAAAAGUAUUACUUCAAGAACGCUCUGGUCUGCAGUCACGAUCACCUCACGCUCUUUCUCACGCUGGUGUCUGGCCUGGAGUUCAUUCGAUUUGAUCUGGAGCUGGAUGUGCCCUAUCUGGACGUGGCCCCCUACAUGCCCGAAUACUACAAACCGCACAACCUGCUGGACUUUGAGGAAAGGCUUCCCAGUUCAGACAGCCUCUCCCUGCACUCCUUCACCUCCCUCACUUCCACCAACCUGGAGUGGGACGACAGUGCCAUAGCACCCUCCAGCGAAGAUUAUGAUUUUGGUGACAUCUUCCCCGUGUUGCAGUCAUUGCCAAGUGCAGACUGGGAAGAGGGGGACUUGACCGAUCAGGCCAGCUGCCCGCGGUCCAGCGGCUCUGAUCCGCAGACGGUCAUCAGUGACACCGUCGCACAGUGUGCCGCAGCGAAAGGCAAGACAGCCAAUCACAUUUCUCCACACAGCCCCACAUUCAGACACAACCCCUUCAACGAGGAUUCGGACACAAACACCUCAGUGGACGUCACCCCCGUCCACGUGGCCAGCCGUCACAGUUCCGCCACCUUUGGAGACGAGACGGAGAACUACAGCAAUGAGCUCGAGGUCAUCAGGAUGGCCAAACGAAGGAAACCGGCCAAGAAGAGACGUGGGAAGGGAUCCACAGACUCCAGCAGCAGCAUCCAUAACUCCGUCUCCUCAGAGCACACGGAGGGCGACUACAGCACCCUAACCUCAGACGACGUGGACUCAAUGAAUCACACUUUAGUGCAGAUGGAUGGAGAAACAGAACUCAGAAGAAGCAAGGCUGGAUCAGAGGUCGGGGACGAGGGAGGCGAGGAAGAGGCAGAAGGCCUCUUACGGCUGCCAGAGAUGGCCGACACCUCCAUGAAUAGCGUCGGCCAGCCUCUCCGUGACGUGAUGGACCGGCUCAAUGGCACCUGGGAGCACUCAGAAGAGGAUGCGGGAGAAAAGAGUAAAGGAGGCCGUGAUCAGGCCUCGGAGCCUCCCACGCAGCAGCCCUUUCGACCGGACUCAGGGGGCAGGCCACCUGACCCAGCUCCAGGAGAGAUGUCUGGCUUCACUCUGGCCGAGAGCUCCAACCACCUGCAGGCCGCUCCUGUUUCCACAGACUUACGCUGCGUUACCCCUGGCAGUCCAGGCUCUGCUGGCACAAGUGGUGGCCACAAUGACUCUACAGAGCAGGGUCAGUCACAGACUCUUUCAAGUAGCCUUGAAGAUGAAGGAGAGGCAGAAGCGCCAUCAGGACAGAAGCCCAACGUGAAGGAAGAGGAAGCACACACAAUAGCGGUGACAGCCGAAGAAGCUCAACCACAAGAGGAGAGGCUAAGUCCCUCUGAAAACUCCCAUCCGGCAGAGUUUAAGGUGGACAAUAAUCACUUACUUCUUCUAAUGAUUCAUGUGUUCAGAGAGAAUGAGGAGCAGCUUUUCAAGAUGGUGAGGAUGAGCACAGGCCACAUGGAGGGAGACCUUCAGCCUCUAUAUCUGCUGCUGACUGACUGUUACAUUUACCUACUAAGAAAGGGUGCAGCAGAAAAGCCAUACACUGUAGAAGACGCUGUUUCUUAUAAUGAGCUGGACUAUCUUUCGGUGGGACUUGACCAACAAACAGUGACACUGGUUUGUACAAACAGACGAAGAAAGUUCCUGUUGGACACAGCUGAUACUUCCCUGACUUUAUGGUUCCUGUCUGUCCUUAAGUCAGCUAUGGUUCAUGGUUGUCGUGAGCCUCCUUAUCCCUCUGUUCUGACUGACGCCACCAUGGAAAAGCUUGCUCUCACUAAGUUUGUCUCCCAGGAGUCGCAGUGUGAGGUGUCCGAAGUGCACAUCCAACUCUAUUCACUGGUUCACUGGGAGGAUCCUAUGGACAUGACUUUGUCUCCACAAGGUGGUACCCCAACCUCUGGGGCGCCGGCCAGCACAAAAGAAGGGAUUCUACAGUAUAGGUCUGGAACCACAUACCUGGGUAAAGAGCACUGGAAAAGCUGCUACCUUGUUCUCAGUAAUGGGAUUCUGUACCUGUAUUCAGAAAGAACAGACGUGACACCUCUGCUGUCCGUCACAAUGGGAGGAGAGCACUGUGGAGGCUGCCGUCGCUCAAACGGCACAGAGCGUCCGCACGCCUUCCAGGUCAUCCUGACAGAGCGCCCCCCGCUGGUGCUCAGUGCCAACGAUGAGCAGGACAUGGCGGACUGGAUGCAGCUGCUCUGCCAGUCUGUUUCCAAAGGGGUCAUUCCUCAGGGUGUCGCCCCCACCCCAUGCAUCCCAUGCUGCCUUGUGGUGACAGACAAGAAGCUGCUAACUUGCCAUCAGGACUGUCAGACGAGCUUUUUCCGCUCACUGGGAGGCGCUGAUAUCAGUGAUGUCACCACCGUCAGCAUGGAGCCCGACAAAGAGUACUGUGUUAUUGAGUUUACAGCAGAUCGGACCCAGUUCCUCCCACCUUGGGUCUUGUACUUCAGUGGGUGUGAAGAGAGAGAUCGACUUUUGCAAGAAUUAGACAGCAUGUGGAAAGCCAUUUUCCAGGUGGACCUUCCCCACAGAGAAGUGUGUGAUCCGUUGGUGCAGAAGCGCUGUGGCGACGCCCUGGAGCUGAUGAAGAGAGCCUGGCAGAGAGCGGACAGUCUGGCCCGAGGCAGAGCUCAGCGGGAACCGUGGUGCUGACCCACACAACGAUACAUCCACACACUUACGUGCGUGCGUGUUCCCACUGAGAAAAGAACGAUAGCAAAACAUCUGACAGCGACUCAGUUCGGUGCGUCAGAAAGAAUGUCGGGUGUGACGGUUUGUACUUUUCCAAUUAGAUGAUUAACUGAUCAGCUAUGUGAUGCAAUGGGCCGCAGAUGAAGAGAGGUUUUUAUCCCAGAAGUCGCCACACGUGUGGAAUGCAAUUCUACUGAACAGAAGCAUAGUGAACAAAUCUACUAAAACAUCGAAGUUGAUGGUCACAUGACUAACCACUGUCGUAUGAGUGUAAAUCCGACUGGAGAUGUUAAAUAAUGUUACAUGACGUCAUUCAGUACAAUGAAGAUGAGGAAGUGUGGAGCUAGGCAGGAGCUUUGUUACUCAGCGAAAAGUCUCUGUUAUCGUAUAAACGUGGAUAAGCUCACCUCCCUACUUUAUCCAUGAAGAAAAAUCACCAACAUUUGCUGCUGGUACAAACAUACGAGGCCGUACAGUUUCUGUGCAUAAUCGCCGACAGUUGUGCGUGUCGAAUAUUAAGUCUUUUCAAAGGGCACAAACCUCUACAGCGGAUUAUUGUCACCUACACACUGUACAGUGACUUGUGAGAAUGAGGACUUGAAGUAUGUCUGAAUGUUUUGCACAAGCACUCCAGGUAACAUGCGUACAUCUGUAAUGUCCAUCUAAAUUUUGCUUUAUUUACUUGUCACUGAGACAGAAGGACUACAUCAGCGAGUGACACGCACUUGCCUUUUUUCCACUUUGUUGAUGCAAAUGGAUUCUUCCAUGUAGACAUGCACUUUUUUUGGCUGUUAAAUCUUUUUUUUUUUUAUCGGUACUGGUUGUGGUUGUAAGUUAAAAAUUUCCUUUUUGUUUUCUUCCUGGAGUAGUGGGAACACUUGCAGAUGUUUACCUUGUCUAAAGCGUGGGAAACUCAUCUAUAUGGAGGAAUUUUUGCACAGUCUCUCACAAAGUGAUUUAUUUGCAUGUUGUCUGAGCUUCUCAUUCGUUUGUAUUCCAGCAGUGGUCAGUGGCAUGACUCUGUAGAAUAACACAUCUGUGUAUGACUAUCUCUCAAGUUCACAAAUCCCUUCAGUUCUUGCUCACACAAGGCCAUUUAACUAAAUGCUUAUUGUAUCUUCCAGUAUUAAAGCUUGGAAUGAAAGAAAAAUUACAAUGCAAGACCCGAAAUUCUAUCUUUUUUAAUUCCAUCAAAAUUGACAGUAGCAUGUGCAACAAUCUGUUGAUUACAUUAACCUUGAAUAGAAUACUGCUGCCUGUUAAAGUGGCAGUGUCAGACUGCUCUUAAAGUGCAGUAUGAACUUUCUUUUGCAACUAAAAAGUGGCCUUUUUCAGCUGAAAUAGAUGGAUUUAGCCAACGUGUUUCAUCUAACUGAAGCAUUUGUUUCAAUUUUGAGUUGAUGCCUCGAUCUACAAUUUCAACUCUUAAACAAUCUUUUUUUUUGUGGCUCUAGUUUCCUUUGAGUGAGUUUCCAGUGCAUGUACCGAAUGAAGGGCUGCAUAUGAACGUUUUAUAUUUCCAGCACAGCCUUAAAAGAGUUUCCUAAAAGAUGCUGCUUUUUAGGCAAAAUAACAAACAAUGGAUGUGCUUUUUUAAAGAUUUUUUUUCUUUUUACCAAAAAACUUAAAUUGAAAAUGCACUGUAUCAAAAAUGCCACCCAGCCAUAAACAUAUGUAUGUCUGUGUAGAUAAUGAUACUGUGUUGUUCUCGUUUUAGCAUUAAUCAGUGCUUUAAACCUUUCAAAGUGCCACUUCGUCCCACACAUCCGUGCUCUUUUACAAUAAAACUCUCUCAGGUGAAAAAGGUUCCAAAACCUCAAAAGUCACCGUGUGUGUGUUAGCAUAUACUUUGUAGUUUCACAGUAGUUUUGUUCAGUACAGUAUUUUUAAAGGCCCUUUUAUAUUCUUUGUCAGUUGCAAUGCUCAAUCCAGCAUUAUGACAUUAUUUUGCACACUCAGAGAGGGUUAGAGAUUGAAGGACAUGGUUUGAAAAGGUUUUAUGCCAGAUGACCUUUAAUAAUUCACUAGGUUCCUAAGUAGGCUGUAUAGAUUAAAUCCUUUUAGCCGCAGAAUUCCUGCAGGCUUAGUGAGAGUUCGGGAUUCGGGAGAAUAUUUGUUUGACUUACUUGAAAUGUUUGUUGGACUAUCAUUGAAAGUGUGCUGUUCUCAGAGCUGUGGCCUAUAAAUUGUAGAUAAAGAAAAAAUCAAAGUUGGUCUUUGUGAACAUCGGUUAAAAUUUGGGACAUUGCUGGACAAUGAUGGACGCCAUCUUUUUAAUGUGGGAAAAAAAUGCUCUCCGAUUUGGUUCACACAUGUGUUCUGCGUGGGAUAUUUGUAACAUGUUAAAUAGUUUUAUGAAGAUGUAAAUAAAGCACUAAUCAUCCAUAACAAUCUUUAAAUCCCCACAAGAAGACCUGCAUGUCCACAGGGUUUUAUACUGUUCAUAAUGGAAUGAAUGUACAAACAAACCUUUGUAAAAAUGGACUGCGUAACCAAAUAAAUAUAAAUGAAAGUU